AGUAAGUUAGUACCUACUGCUUUUUGUUAUUUGGAGAGACGAACACUGUAGUGUAACUUUAAGUGACGAAACUUCCGUGAACUUAACUUUAAAUAAAAAUGGCAUGCCCAUCUAAUAACUGGAAGGACGGACACUGCGGUACCGACAUCAGAACCACCAUGAUGUUUUACAGCGUGACACAGGAAGACGUGAGGGCUAUUGACUUGUCGAUAUAUCUAUUAAAAAUGGAUUCCUUGAGCUAUUGCUGUUCCAAAACCCCAAAAGCAACUGCUCGUGGGACCUUUCAGGAAGUUCCACCUGAUUAUGUGAAUCGAUACGAACUCGUAGUUACAAAUGGUAACAACCAGUCAAAAACUACCUUAACGGAUCAGUUUGUAAAGGAACAAGAAUAUCGUAACGGAGAUUUACAGAGCUCCUGGUCCUAUAACUCUUACCAUACGUCUCUGCAAUGUCCUCAGUCUAUUAGGAAUAGAGCCCCUCGUCAUCCCGCCAUUUAUACAUCAUGUCAGCGUUCUCCAGCUCCUGAGAUUGAACAUUCUUCUUCAAUGUUGUGUACAUCACAUCAAUAUUCUCUAAAUAAUGCUCAAGAACGCACCUCUCCAGCAGCAAACACAUUGCCUCGAUGUUGUUGUCAGGUUAACGAGCAAAGACACACUAUGGUCUCGUGUAAACCAUCACAAUCGUCUCCAGCUGACGAGCUACGACGCAUUCAUUCUACGGUCUCUUAUGAAAUGUCUCCUUGUUCUACAGUUAGUGAGCAAGGGUGCAAAUUUUAUCCAGUCUCGUACAAUUCGUCACAUUGUUCUUCGUUACUUGAGCGGCUGCUGAGCGCUUCUCCAGCAUCGUAUAAAUCUCAACGUCCUCUAAGAAAUAAGGAACAGCAAAUUCCUCAAGUUUCGUCGAUAUCGUCUCAACGUUCUCGGUCGCGGGUUGAACUGCAAACUUCUCAAGCUGCGUAUACAGCAUCACAAAGUUCUACACCACAAGAAGUUUUGCCAAUAUCCCCAACAGUCUCGUAUACGUCAUCGCGAACCUCUUCAACAUACAGAGCGCUAAAAUCUUUUCCAUAUUCAUCAUACGGAUCAUCUCCUCCUCCAGAUAGCGAGACACAUUUCAGUUGUUCUCAGUUCUGUGAUCAAUCGAUGCAGUAUUCUCAAAAUGGAGGGAAAUGUCUUGCAGACUCGUAUAUGCCGUCAAAAAUUUUUCAGACUAGCAGGAAAACGUACGCCCCUACUCCAAUAUCACCCGAACCAUCGCACCAGUCUAGAUACGUAAGGAGGCUGUACGGGACCUCGGAUUGUUUACAAAUCAUUGUAAACGCCUUGUAAUAGAGCUACUCAUUACACAGCUCUCGUAUUUACCAAAUCAGCAGAAGAACGUUAGGGUUUUCGUGAAACCAGUUCAUCUGCAUAACGGCGGCUAAUACUGGUCAAUUAGUUUAAGACAGCUAGUUUCAUAAUUCUAGAUUCAUCGACAAAUUUUAAAGAUUCUCUAGACGCAUUUGGAUGAACAAGGAGAACAGACAAGUAGAAAUUAACCUGCUUUUCAGCUUAAUACUCGGUGAUUUACUUUUAAGUUUUGGUCAUGAAAGAUGAAAUAAAUAUUUCCUAGAUCAAA